AUGACACAUGCAUUUCUUCAAUCUGAGUUGACGAAUUUGAUAUCGGACUCGAAAAGGAAAUACAACGAUGUCCGCGCAGCUGCCGAGCGAGCCCUCGGGGACAUCAAAGCCAUAUCGGUGACGUCCGAGACUCAGCUGGCCGGUGACCUGUGCCGCAAACCUCAAUUUAUUGAGCCCUUUCUUCUCGCCUGUAAAUCCAAGAAUGCCAGACUGGUAACUUCUGGGACUGCGUGCCUACAGCGGCUGACGGCGAGCAAAGCUGUCCCUCGAACAAGGCUUCCUGAUCUACUUGAUGCUUUUCAAGAUGCGAUAGGAGCCGGAUAUGAGCCCCAGCUCAAAGUGCUGCAAACCCUGCCUUCACUGAUACAACUCUAUGUCGACGACAUUCGUGGCGAGAUCCUUGCCCGGAUUCUGGAGCUAUGUGCGGUCCUUCAAUCUACCAAGACUGCUGUGGUGAGUAACACGGCUGCGGCAACUUUUCAACAGUUAGUCUCCACGGUGUUUGAGAAUAGUGAAAGGAAGGACAGGACGAGGACUUCAGGUGACGGUGAGGGUCCGACCCCAACAGACCGUCAUCAACGGGGCGAAUUCUCCGUCGACGCAAUCGCCCUGUUCGAAGACUUCUGUCUGCUGCUUGCUCAGCAAAAGCCCCGGUUUCUGAAAAUCGAAAGCCUGCCUUCUGCCUUUCUGUUGGAAACCCUACACACAGUCCUAGCAAGCCAUGGUUCACUUCUCAAGUCUGAAAGAGAGUCCGAGACAAAAUGGUCGGAUCAUCUCCUCCAAGGCUUGUCACGUAGCUUGGUCAGAAAGGAUCAUUUCGGUAUCACAGCUCGAGCGCUAUCAAUCCUGCUAUUGAUCUUUCAAGCCCAUGGCGAAGGCCUCCAACACGAAGUGGACCAGGUUGUCCCUCUUCUCGUGGGUGCAUUGGAGAAAGAUGGAAAUCCACCCUGGAGAAGGAGUCUCUACUUGGAGUUCUUUCGCAGCCUCUUUUCGGACUUUAAUGUCUUGCGAGAAACCUUUGCCAUCUUCGACAGUGGCAAGGAGCCCCUCAAGCUUGUUGGUCAGCUCAUGUCUGCGUUAGUUCGGAUUGGGGCAGAAGAUCCCUCUCUGAUCGGGCUCGGACGCCAGUCAACUGUGCCCAUUCAACGCACAACCGACCCCAAGAGCGAGGAAGCAGCGUCAAUCGAGGCUCAGGGCCUUGGUGGCGCCAUCACAGCCGUACCUUCCAAGGUUUCAAGCACUACUGGUCUCAGCGCGGAAUGGAGUCUGAUAGCUGUUCCUCUCAUGGAUCAACCCGACAAGACCAUAGCUCCAGCAAUACCUAGCACUUAUAUCUACACUCUGGUGUUAGAUUGUGUAUCCUCGUUUUGUGACGGUUUGUCGAAGUUUGUCAUGCCCUUGAGCGUUCCGAGUCGAGCUUCUCAACGGGAGAACUCGGAAAUGGGCCGCAGAGAUAGUUCUGCCACAGACCGAGUCGACGAUGAACCUAGCCGCAAGCCAACAAGGCCGGCUUCUUCAUCUCAGAAGUACCAGCGACUCAUAAACCCAUUGACGCUGGCAAAUCACCGGCUAUCAGCUCAGAUUCGAACCUCUGCCGAUAUGAUCGAAGCUUGCUGGCCGGCAGCGCUUGCCAUUUGUUCAACCUUUCUCAACUCCGCAAUGGAUUCAGAAUUCUAUCACGCCUUGAUUCGAUCUGUCCAGAAGUUGGCCCAAGUCUCUGGUGUCCUUGAGCUGUCUACACCCAGAGACGCAUUGCUGACCACCUUGGCUAAGGCUUCUAUCCCCGCGAAAGCCAGCAGUAUCAUAGCAAGCUAUCAAACUCCGAAGAGUAGUCGAGUCGGGGAUGUUGAGCACAGCGAUGUCAGCAACGGAUUAAAGUCUCCCACUGAACCUCCUCCCACUCCGACAUUCCAGGGCAAUAGCUCUCCCUUGAAUGUUAGACACCUACUCUGCCUUCGGGCGUUGUUAAAUCUGGGGAUCGCACUUGGGCCAACUCUCAAGAAAGACGCCUGGUUCAUUCUGAUCGAAACUAUGCAGGCGAUCGAGGCUCUGAUUGCAAUGCCGACGACGAUAGCUGCGACUUCACAGUCGGGGAGCCCAAGAAUUGGUGCUUCAGGCAAUGACGGGAACACUACUCUUGCGUCAGAAAUUGCUGCUGUCCAGGCAGCGACGAAGAGGAUGUUGGAGAGCACAAGGAGUUUUGGUGCAGACUCGUUCACCGAGAUCGUGCAAGCCCUGCUCCGUCUCCUGGGACAUGAUGUGGAGGUCGUCAACCCAAGGCCUACUGAGCAAACCAUUGCCUCUCCCACGACUCCCGGAAGACUGGGUGCGCGGCCGGGACAUCAGGCGUCCCGGAGCGUGUCUGGACUAUGGACCAAGUCGAAGACACUGGAACUGGAGGUCGGCUUUGUCCUCAGUAAACUCAGUGACCUGUCACGAAUCAACUUAUACAGGUUCGCAUCAUCUACGGAGCAGGCCUGCUCAUGGGUACUGAUUGGAGAUCGUUUACUGCGCCUGUCUCGGGAUACUAUGAUUGCAGCAAAUUACAGACUACAGGCAGCCAGCAUUCUAGACCUGAUCUCCAUGGAAACCGUGAAGCUGCUCGACGACUCGCGUUUCGAAGCAGCAGAGGUAGACGCCAUCAGGUUUCAGUGCUUGAAGUCCUUGUUGCAACAGUUGGAUGCGUUCGACGACACCCGAGGCGGGAAGCAUGACGCGGUCGAGCUGGAGAUCCACAAGCGGCUUCUCGAGGCCUUGGAAAGUAUGCUCAGCCAUAGCGGAGAAUCCCUGAGCAAUUGUUGGCCUGUCGCCUUGGAAAUCCUGUCCGUUACAUUUUCGAAGAGAGGAGAAAACAAACCAGAGCUGGGCAAUGCCACGAUCGAGCAGGCUGAGAAGGACGCUCAGACAGCUCAGAUCUUGCGCAUUGCCUUCAGGUCUAUACAGCUGAUCGCAUCUGAUUUCCCCGGCGUGCUUGAUACAACAACGCUCGCGAACCUCGCCCACCUACUCCGUCAAUUUGGCUCUCAGCAAUACGACCUGAAUGUGGCACUUACCAGUACUACUGUGCUGUGGAGUCUUGCGUCGCAUGUCUUGACCAAAAUCGACCCUAUAGACGUCAGGACUGUUCCAACCCUGCAUGUUGAAGAUGAGGAGCUCCUAACUCAGACUAUCCUCCCUGCGGGUGGCAUUUGGAGCAACAUUCUGCUCGAGCUGGUGGAAUUGUGCAAAGACGAGCGUGCAGACGUACGUAAUGCAGCGAUCAGGGUUCUCCUGAAAAUGCUUGAUGCUUCGAGCGAACAUCUCAGCCCAAGCACGUGGGCUGUCAGCCUUAGACUCGGGCUCUUCGACACGAUUCGGUACUGCAUCCUGCAGUCCGCCGCAGCCGAGACAGAUCAGGAGCCAUGGAUGGCGUCAGCAGCCCAACUGACAGACGGAUGCACGCAGCUUCUUUGUCACAGUCUCGGCGUCAUCGCCCAGCAUGAUGGCUUCAAGAAUACCUGGCUGUGUAUCAUGGACGUCUUGAAAAGCAUACUAGAUACCAACUCUGUGUCCGCAUCUUUCCUGGCUUUCUCAAAUCUAUCAAAGCUCUUGUCAGCAUUAGCAGUCCUCCCAGUCUCCAGCGAAGAGCUAGUCGGGCCUGCUGUGCAGCUAUGGGCAAGCCACCAUCCCGCCGAUAUACGAUAUGAAUCCCCCUCGGCAGGUGGCGAGCCAUCGAAUCAGCAAGCUUUUGCUUCACAUGCUCAUGUCCUUGUUGAGGCAUACAAAACCAGUUCAGUGGCGGCUUCAAAAUAUCUGCAAGGUCAAACUUCAACCUUGAUGGACUCGAUUGAGCGAGGAGUCAUGCUGUGCACGCAUCCCCCGUACACAAGUGAUGUCAAGACGCUGGCUCCCGAGCAGAAGGAAGCCUGUGACUGUCUAGCAAUCUUGAAAAUUCUCCUCCAGGACGACGUGUCGAAGUAUUCGGGAUCCUUGCUAAGGCUGGUGACACUGGUGCUGAAUAUUCAGAACGGAAAAGUCGCUCUUCACCCAAAGAAGUCAGCGGUGUCCAAAUCGAUGCAACGACCAUCAUUCAUUGCCUUCGCAGCCGCGUGUCUGGACAAAUUUCGAGAUCUCACACUGGAAUGUGCAGAUGAUGACCACUUCGUCCAGACAGUGGCUGUACAAGAUGCAUGCCCAGUUCUUUCAGCCGUUGUCAGCACAAAGUACACGCGAAUCCCAACGAACAACGAGAUGCCCUUGUGGCGAAUCUCGACCGUCAUUGCCGCCGUUCUGCUUGAAGCACUGCAGAAGCAUGUCAAGCGCAAAUCGUCAAGGGACUUGUCCCAGCUGGAAACCUUGGGGCCCCAAAUCAUUUCCGUAGCCGUGAGUAUCCUCCAACCUGGUGACCUGUCCAGCCCCCCUGCUCCUGAGCACAAAGUGGACAGAAUCCUCGAAGACGAGACCUUCGACAUCGAACACUUCGAACGGUUGCACAAGGCAAUCGUGCCCAUUUUCGGAACAGUCGACGCCAUCAAAGCGGACGACGCCUGCAAGCAAUACGCCCUCGUCCUAUUCAAGGCGUCUCUGCUCGCGAAACCCUGGUUCAACGACCUACCCGACGAUCUGGACAGUGAGCCGCUGAAAGAUUUGAUGCGCGUGCGCCCCGGCAGCGUCCACAGGCCUAUAUUCGCUGUGCGCAGACAACUCUGCUACGCCGCACUAAGAGCGUUAUUCGAGCUUGUCGAGCAACCGCAACCGCAGCACGCGACGGCCGAUGGAGGCGAACGGGACAAUUAUCCAGUGACAACAAUGUCCUCCUCCGAUAAACUCAAACUCGCCUCCGCAGCCGCGCCCUACCUGAUCCUGCGCGUGGUCCACCCACUCAAGACCUUCCUAGCGGACCAGCGCCUACGGAGCCUCACGCCACCACCAAUGCCCCAACAAGUCGAACUCCAAGUCAUCUUAUCCAAAUUCGUCGAUCUGCGGAGUAAUGGUUACGCGGUGGCGGAGAUGAUAUCUUCACUCAAGGGGCAAAGCCAGGCCAAAACUCGGGGUAGCCUAGGUAGCCUACGUCUUACUGGUCUCACUACUCAAUCGGAUGAGAGGCAGUCAGACCAUGACGAUGAUGACGGCAAAGAACACCUCCGCGUCCUCUACGGCCUGAUGCUCCGCGUGCAGAAAUUUUGGCAAGGGCUGCCGCGGUUGACAGGGCCGGGGUUGCGGGCGUGGGAGGACGACGAGCCCGGCGUGGGCAUCCAGGAGGCUUUGGAGCGGUGGCAGAGCGUGGUUGCCGAGGGAUGGGGCUUUGCUGGCUCUGGCUUGGAGUAG